AUGGAUUCCUCCAAGGCCCCCGUCAAGCUGGUCAAGGUGACCCGAGUCCUCGGCCGAACUGGCUCCCGCGGUGGUGUCACGCAGGUGCGCGUCGAAUUCAUGGACGACCAAACUCGAUCCAUUAUCCGAAACGUCAAGGGUGCCGUACGCGAGGACGACAUCCUUUGCCUGCUCGAGUCCGAACGUGAGGCAAGACGCCUGCGAUAA